AUGAAGCUCGUUCGGUUCUUGAUGAAGUGCGCAAACGAGACGGUGACCAUUGAGUUGAAAAAUGGCACCAUCGUCCACGGCACAAUCUCUUCCGUCUCGCCGCAGAUGAACACGGCGCUGCGCACAGUCAAAAUGACCCCCAGGGGCCAAGAUCCCAUCUCCCUCGACACCAUGAACAUUCGAGGCUCAACAAUCCGAUACUUCAUCCUUCCCGACUCCCUCCCCCUCGACACGCUAUUAAUCGACGACGCACCCAAGCCCAAGAACAAGGCACGCAAGGAGGCCGACCGCGGUGGACGUGUAGGCCGCGGAGGCAGAGGCGGUCCCAGAGGACGCGGCCGUGGUCGCGGCCGUGGAAGGGGCUAG